AUGUUGGAUCGAAUAGUAAGUACGUGUAUGGAUGGACGUACUGUGCGCAUUAAUGUUAUGCAACCAUUGACUGUAAAUUUUGUCACCGAUGAUCAAUUAUCCGUGGAAGAUAGAAGCAGUGCUGUAAUGGCAAAAUAUAAAGAGAGCAGUGGAGUCACUGCAGCACUUCCUAAAGUAAAUGUUCGCAGACUUUCGCCUAAACCACUCUCAUGCAAAAAUUUUGAUAUACCUAAAGCAUACAUCAAGUAUCGCGUGAGGCUAAAUGAAGAAAUGGAUAAUAUCUUGGAAUACGAUGUUGACGAGGAGGAUAUGGAAUGGUUAAGUCUUAUUUCAAAGAAAUUAGAGAAGGCUGGUGAAGAACGUCUUAGUGUGCAUAGUUUUGAGAUUGCAAUGGAUCGUCUGGAAAAAGAAAGUUUUUUCCAAUGUUCAAAAGGUGAUGGUAAUUACAAAUGUCUGGUUGAUCAAGAUGCUGUGUGCUGCGUGUGUAACGAUGGAGAAGGCAGCAAUAUUAAUCAAAUUAUUUUCUGUGAUAUGUGCAACAUUGCUGUUCAUCAAGAUUGUUAUGGCGUGCCGUAUGUUCCGGAAGGUCAGUGGUUGUGUCGUCGUUGUCAGAUGUCACCAUCGAAACCAGUAUCAUGCGUACUUUGUCCAAGUUCGCAUGGUGCCUUUAAGCAAACAGUUGACAGUCGCUGGGCUCAUGUUGUUUGCGCAUUAUGGCUAAAUGAGGUUCAUUUUGCCAAUAGUGUGUUUAUGGAACCAAUUGAUGGAAUUGAAAAUUCACUGAGACGAAGGCAGAGGCUGAGAUGUAUUGUAUGCAAGCAAAAAGUGGGAGCAUGUUUGCAGUGUUCUAGAAAAAGCUGUACCCGCUCUUUUCACGUCACAUGUGCAAAUGCUGCGGGCAUGGAAAUGCGUGCUGAAAUAGUUGACAAUCCUAAACGUGAGGGUGGGACUGAAAUUCGGUAUACGGUAUUCUGCCAUUUUCAUUCAACUGAUUUUGCAAAAAAUGAUGGAAGUGAUUUCUCCAAACAAAAGAAAAAAGUGGAUGAAUUGAUGAAAAAGGCACGGGAAAAAUUAGCAGCAAGUCAAGCAGUUAUUCCACCGGUUUCUAUUCCCACUGUUCCACAUGAAAGUCUAAAGAGAAUAUGUGAGAAAGCGGAUAUUAGUGAGAAUGUGAUACGUUACAUCGUUGCUUACUGGUCAUUGAAAAGGAAGUCACGAUUCGGAGUACCGCUAUUACGACGAUUAAUCCAUAGCAAAACACUUCCCAAAUCUGCUGAUGCUUCUCCGACAUCUGGACAGGGGACACAUCCUAGUGAGACCAGAACGUACUUUUUGCUGCGAACGAAUCUUGAACGUGUUCGCCUGUUAUGCGAAUUGGUAAAAAAGCGGGAAAAGAUGAAAAAAGAAUUUUACGACUCAACUGCUUCCUUGCUGAAUCGACUGACAAAGCCGUUGAAUACAAUAAUGAGUGAAGUAAUUGAGAAGAUUGCUAGCAAAGAUUACAGUGAUGUAUUUGCGAAGCCAGUAACGGAAAAGGAAGUGCCUGGUUAUUCAACCGUUAUCAAAAAUCCAAUGGAUUUGUCAACCAUGCGAAAGAAACUUGCAAAAGGUGAUUACAAGAAUCUCUCACAGCUGAAAUCUGAUUUCACAUUAAUGAUGAACAAUUGUUCAACAUUUAAUCGACAUAAUGAAUUCUUCUGGAAAUAUGGUCAUCGAUUGCAUCGCAUUGGUUUGAAAUAUUUCAGAGUUGCUGAAAAAGACGUACAGGCUCUUACUUUGGCAAAUGGUGUAUUAAAAACGAUAUCAAGCAUAUCAUAUAUACCUGUCGAAGGUCCAAAACUUGAUAACGAAGAGGAAAACGAUGAUGGUUUAGAUUUUGUGCCAAGAAAAAUGUCAACAUGCCGUAGUUCAAAGGGUGAAAAAACGUUGCCAACGAGGGUAUCAACUCGGAAGCGUACUUUGCGGACUUUUGACGACAGCAUUACACCAAAGCGUCCUAAAUAUAAUUUGGCAAUAGAGUCGUUUAUGACCUAUAGAAGCGAUCCACUGAAAAGUCCAAAAUUCUUGACAACUGAUACUUCCACAAUGGAAGAAUCAAGUUCUGCUGACGAAGAGAUACAUCUUCGGCGUGGACGUCGAAGGAACACAAGAAAAUCUCGAAAGCUGAUACCACCACAACCAAUGGAACGUCCUGUCGAAACAGUUGAAGUGGCAUGUGAAUUUCAACAUGACGAUAUUGUUUGGAUAACGGAAAAUGAUGAACGUAAAAUUGGUAGGGUUAUCGAUUUACGAAUGAGGGUACUACUAGAUGAUUUGCCAACAGAUGAGAUGUUUAGUGCAAAACCACAUGAUUACAUGCAAUAUGUUUUGGUCUUAUAUUUUGAUGGCCAAAAGAAUUGGCGAUGGGUAUCAGUGAAAUACGUGUCAUACUGUCUUGUGAAAUCUAUAAAAGCUGAAGACUAUCCUCCUGCUGUACGAGAAGCAUUGAGAGAAGCAAAAGCAUUCUUGUAG